AUGCCAUUUCCAUCGUCGCGGCGGUACCGUCGCCUCCCAUCGCCGCCUUUUCGUCGCCCUCCCUUCCCCUGCCCGUCGCGCUCCCUUCCCUACCCGUCGCGCUCCCUUCCGUCAUUCCCGACACACAUUGCCUUCUCGUCAUUCUCCCUUUUCGUGGCUCUUUUUUUUUUCCUGCACGUCGCCCUCGCUUCCCCUCCCCGUCGCGCUCCCUUUCCCUCCCCGUCGCGCUCCCUUCCCCUCACCGUCGCGCUCCCUUCCCCUCCCCAUCUCGUUCCCAUCCCCUCCCCGUCUCGUUCCCUUCCCCUCCCCGUCUUGUUCCCUUCCCCUCCCCGUCUCGUUCCCUUCCCUCCCCGUCUCGUUCCCUUCCCCUCCCCGUCGCGCUCCCUUCCCCUCCCCGUCUCGUUCCCUUCCCCUCCCCGUCUCGUUCCCUUCCCCUCCCCGUCUCGUGCCCUUGCCCCUCCCUUCUUUCCUCUCUUUCCGCUUCCCACCACUCUCGUUUCCCCCCUUGUACUUUCCCCCGUUCCCCCACUGCCCCCCCCUUUUCUUUCCCCUUGUCUCCGUUUUCGCCCGCCUUUCCACCCUGUCCUGAAGUCCCUUGUCCCUCCCUCCCUUCCCCCUCCCCCCUCCCCCCUCCCUCCCUUUCCCCCGUGUCCUCCCUCCCCUUGCCCCUCAAUCCCUGACUCCUUGUCCUUCCCUCCCUUCCUCUUAGCCCGCCCAGCCUCAAUCCCAAGACCCUUGUCCCUCCCCCCUUUCCCCCCCAUGUCCUUCCCCACGUCCUUUCCUCCGUUUCCCCCUUCUCCCUCUCACUCGCCCUCCCUCUCCCUCCACGCUUCUCGCCCUUAUCCCCGCCCAUGUCUUCCUCCUUUCCCUCCCAUCUCACUGAACCCUCUCUUUCCUCCCCUCCCCCCUUGCUCCAUUUCUUCUGAUUUCCGCCCUUCCCCCUCUUCGCCUCUCCUUCCCUCCCUCGCUGUCCAUCUCUCUUCGCCUCUCCUUCCUUCCCUCGCUGUCCCUCUCUCUUCGCCUCUCCUUCCCUCCCUCCCUGUCUCUCUCUCUUCGCCUCUCCUUCCCUCCCUCGCUGUCCCUCUCUCUUCGCCUCUCCUUCCCUCCCUCGCUGUCCCUCUCUCUUCGCCUCUCCUUCCCUCCCUCGCUGUCUCUCUCUCUCCGCCUCUCCUUCCCUCCCUCGCUGUCCCUCUCUCUUCGCCUCUCCUUCCCUCCCUCGCUGUCUCUCUCUUGUCGCCUCUCCUUCCCUCCCUCGCUGUCCCUCUCUCGUCGCCUCUCCUUCCCUCCCUCGCUGUCCCUCUCUCGUCGCCUCUCCUUCCCUCCCUCGCUGUCCCUCUCUCUUCGCCUUUCCUUCCCUCCCUAUCCAAUGCCGUUUUGACAUGCUCAAAACGGUAUGCCCAAUGCACCAUGCACCAUGCCACGUGCCCCAUGCCCCAUGCAUUGUUCACCAUGCACUAA